AUGUCUACAUUCACAAAGAUCGCACUCGUUGGCGCCGGAGGAGCUGUCGGCAAGCCCAUGCUCGAUAGCCUCCUCGCAGGCGGUGUUGCCAAAGUCGUCGUGCUUUCUCGGCCGGAAUCGACGACCACAUUCCCGCCGCACUCGAGCCUGACCGUGGAGAAAGUGAACUACGACGACGUCAAUGCGAUUGCGGCCACCCUAAGGAAACACUCCGUCGAGGUGCUGAUUUCAGCGGUCAACAACGACGGCGUCGAGGCACAGAUCGUGCUCGCCGAUGCAGCGAAGCAGGCUGGUGUGCAGCUGUUUGUGCCCUCUGAGUUUGGGAUGCCCACUGAGGGCGUGACGGAGGGGCUUCUGGCACUGAAGUCGGAGGUUGCUGAAUAUUCCAAGUCAAUUGGGCUCCCUGUCGCCCGCGUCUACACGGGACUUCUUACAGAAUACACCGAGUGGGUGGGCUCGAUGCCAGAAAAGGGGAAGUUCUUUGUCCUGGGCUCCGGCGACAAAGAGUUCAGCUUGACCUCGCGCUCCGAUACCGGAGGUUUCGUCGCCUACGCCGUGACCUCCCUCCCACCCGCCAAACUCCAGAACGCCACCUUCCGCCUGGAAGGCGACCGCGUCACCAUCGCUGGGCUUGCCAGUCUGUUCCACGAGCUCAGAUCGAUAGAUGUCGAGCGCGUAGACAAGUUCCCUGAGGACAUGUCCUACGUCCAGCUUAAGACGGACCUAGUGGAUCGAUUCAACGUCGGGAAGGGCAGCGCAACUUAUGACAGUGUUCAAGGAAAAGAACUGGGGCCGAGCGUGAAAUCUAACAGUUUGUGGGAGGGGCAUAAGUGGAGGACAGUUAGGGAGGUGAUUGGUGCUAGUCAGUAG